GUCGAAAUUGUUCAAGAUGAUGUAAAAUUAAUACAUAAAAUACGAUCAACAUUAGGUUUUGGGACAAUAACACAGAUAAACAAAGAUGGUCGUAAAUAUUGGCGUUAUUACACAUCGAAGCGUGAAUUUGUUUUAAACUUUGUUGCUCUACUUAAUGGAAAUCUUGUAUUAGAAAAACGUCAAAUCCAAUUUGAAGAGUGGGUAAAGAAACUCAAUACCUGCUGGAACACGCAAAUUAGUAUAAAACCUUGGAAUUGUGCCCCUUCACUUGAUAAUGCUUGGUUAGCUGGUUUUAUUGAAGCUGAUGGCUGCUUUUACACAAAUGCAGGUAAUAACUUCCGACGUGGCAAACUACCAUCUGGUGAGCAGCGAUAUGGUUUUUUUUUAAAAAUGCAUAUUACCCAGAAAGGUGAGCUUUCUGUAUUAGCUGCCAUUCGUGACCUGUUUGGUGCAACGACUAAAAUUAAUCAAGUAACAAACGGUCAUACAAAGGUAAAAUAUAAUCGUGUAGAAAUAACAGCCUAUAGCAGCCGAAACAAUAUUAUUGAUUAUUUUAAAAAAUUUUCUUUACUCGGAAAGAAAAAAAUAGAUUAUCAACGUUGGGUUCGGGUGCAUGGUUAUCAAGAACGCGGCCUUUCUUUGUCAGAAAAAUCUGCCAAAAAAUUAGCAAAAUUAAUUUAUAAGCUUUCUACAGAUUAA